GCAAUACAGUCGAGUCCACUCUCGACCAACAAACACAAUAACAUCAUCUCCAGCAACUUCGGACUCACACAGCAGCAGGAUUCUAGAGCUCCUCCGCACAAUCUGUAUUCAUGGCAGAACUAGGAGCCGAGGCUCUAAGGAUCAUAUCCUCCCCUUAUGCAGUUUCUCUAAAGGUUUGUCACAGACCCCGCUCUUCUUUCAUCACCUUGCUGAUUGAGGACUCUGCGUGCCCCCACAGAAACUUGAUUCAAUAAUUAGAGCUAGUCCCUUCGAUGAUCUGCAAUGCUGGGUGGAUGCAAACCCGUGCCAUAUUGGAGUUUUUGCAAGUUCGAUCGUCCGGGCAUUGGAGUUCUGCCCAUAUGCUUUGCCGGUUCUUGCGAAAAUUGGUAGCUUGAGCCAUUCUACACGUCGGCGCUGUAUUGGAGGGGGCUUAAGUCCUUACUGAUCCAUAACAGGGCGUAUUCAGGCUGUGCGAAAUGCUAUGCUUCACGAGAAGAGGACACUGCUUGAGACAUUGCUACGCAACGCAAAUCGAGAUGGCAAUAACUGGGAGAAGGUAUACACUCUUGCUAGUCGUCCUCCAUCCAUGGUACAAGAGAAUUUAUUUAGUUGCUCCUAGUAUGCCCCCGCAUGUUUGGCCCUGCUAUCAAGCCCUCUGCCAUGUGAAUUCCCGGUACCAGCGCUUAUCCUUCCUGUCUUUCUCCAUUGCGUCGAAGUCGCUACAAAGAAUCCAUGUACGGAGUCUAUCAAGGAUGUCUAUAUUCUUGUAUCCAACGGGCAUGGCUAUCUAGCGGAGCUCCUCACUCCGUCACAAAAGUCGCUACUUACAGAUCGGCUAUCGGGAUUCCUCACAACCUCGGAUAAUGCAGUACUGCUCCUUGCUCUUACUACAAUGUCCUGUAUUGGUCCUGUCUUGGAUGGCAUGGGCUCCGGAAACGCAGCCAAUAAAGGCGAAGAAACUCGCCAAAAAGGUGGGACAAAGGACUUUUUCAGUGGGAGGAAAGCUGUUAAAGUGAUGAACCUGGUGACAAAUAUCGUGAUUGAUGUUGCCUCGAGAGAUUCUGGAGAUUUGGAAUAUUGCCUCGAGCAAAUCAGGUUGGCAACCGUCAUCGCUAGUAAUAUGACAGAGAAGGUCAAAGAAUCCUUAGUUGACAAUACCCUCAAUAUAAAAAAACUUGUGGAGAAGAUACAACGUCCCGGCUUGGAGAGGCGGGCUCUUAGAGAGGUGUGAUGAGAAAUUGCCCACGAGCGAUUUCAGCAGUAGCUCUGACGAUUUCUUUAGGCUCUAAACUAUGCAGUGGCAUUAUAUCCCCAAAAGUCUCCAAUUCCAGCACUUCCACCGAUCGUCAAAAGCCUUUCCCAUCAGUCAAUCCGAGACGAGGCCCAAAGCCAUAGCUCCUUAUUUUUACCACCGAGCAUGGCUCGGGUACUCGGAGUAUGAGCUCGCGUUUCGUUUACUCAGUAUUCUGGCUAACCUGGAGACAGACCAUGAGUUCCCAAGAUUACAUCUCAGAUUUAAUUCGAUCAAUGUUUAUCGCAUCCUCUUUUCCACCUCCAAUGACCAGUUCCUCCUAUCUCGGCCUUCGAGACCGAACACAAUUCACUACGUCCUUAACGGAUUUGGCGAUUGAAUCUCAGCAACUCCGAACAGCUAUUUUGUCAUCCCUUGUCACAAAUGAGUUCUCACGUCCAAUCGCGACCUUCUUAUCGGCACAUGGCAAAUCCCCAGCCUAUACUUGCCAGGAUUGUGAAGUAUGCCCCGCUGGGCUCCUACGGUUGCAAAAUGAGCUAGCUGCAGCCCUUUGCACAUUGAUUUUACGAGCUGGCGUUUACUCCCAAAAGGAUGACACGAUCGGUCUUGAUCCAUCACUCGCCACCUCAUUGUUAGAAAAACAACUCCGCCUUUCAAAAGUUAAUCAUGUUUGUUCCGCUCUUUACUCAGCACGACCAAACCCCAACUCUCCAAGCACCGUGUCCAUAUUUGAGACUUCUGCAACACCCGAGAUCAAAACCAACAACCGUGAUUGGCGAAUGCAUCUGAGAGAGGCAAUGCUUAGAGACGCCAGUCAGCAGAACGACGUGAUCAUCGCCGAAGUUGGAAAGAUAUGCCGUGAUCUGGAAAUUAGGUGCGAGGGAGUGGAAAAGCCUCUGCGGGAAGAGGAAGAGCGAUCAGAGAAAUUGAGGCAAAACAUCAAGGAUCUGGAGGCCCGGCUGGAAGAAGAGACAGAAGAACGGUCUUCUCUAAAAGAAACCCUCGAACACGAAAGGGAAGAAUUCAAGUAUAAGCUUGAUGGGGAGAACGAAAAAGCUCGUGAGCAUUUUUCUAGAAUCGAUGAUCUUGAGAGAGAGCUACAAAUAGCCCGAGAUGAGGCGUCCAGAGUCAGAUCAGAGUCCCAGGAAGCCCUUGAGAAGCUGAAUGCCCAGCAUAAGGAUGAGAUUCUAAGGAUGGGCAUUGAAUCCCGGAAGGCUCUCGAGGGCCUGCGCUCCUCGCAUGAAGCAGAGAUUCACCAAGUCCAUCACAGCUCCCAAGAGGCACUCAAAGAACUCACGGCAUCGUACGAAGCGGAGAGGAAAGUUGCCCAAAAAGUAGCAGAUACGCUCGCCCUCGAACACAUCGAGGUCUUGAACCAACGUCAAGAAGCCAUCGAAGAACUUGAAGUACAUAAUAGGUCACUUGAGCAAGAAUCCGACCGACUACGGGAGGCUCUCGAAGAGCAGAGAAAGGAGAAUCAUGAGACUGAUGAGAAAAUUAUCAGAAUGGAUGAACGGAUCCAGAUUAUGGACCGUGAGCUUUCGGAGCUGAGUCUCGAAAUGGAGUGCCAGAAAACUGCCCUCGGUCGCAAGGAUAAUGAGGUUGAAACCCUCGAACGACAACUCCGAGCCGCGAAAUCAGACACGGAAGAUAUCGAGAGGGCAAUGCAUGCAGAGAUUACAAGAACGCAAGAGAAGCUCGAGCACCAGAAAGAGUUGAUUCAGGAGUUGGAGAGAAGGCUUGAAAAGACGGAAAAGGAGGCGAGAGAGAGCAUCGAUCAUUUAGAGACUCGGAAAAAUUCAAAGGUACUUCUCUUAUGAGCAGCACCUCCCCUCAACCUAUACUAAUUACAUUAGGUUCUACGACUGAAACUAGAUCAUGAGGAAGAGCUCCGAAAACUCCACACAAAGUUUCAGAAAACACGGGAAGCCUGGGCCACUGAGAGGGAUACUCAGUUUGCGGAGAAGAGAGCACUCACGAAAAAGGUAUAUAUCCUUUCCUUUUUUCCUUCGCCCCAUAGCAGCCCGAAAAAAUCUAACAUGUUCCCACAAAGCUCAAACAACUCCACGACUGGCAAGAAAAGAAAGCCAAAGAAACCGCCAACCUUGCCCAGCAACUGAUGUCCACUGCGACCAAUCGCGACCUUGCCGCGCUUCUAGACACCGCCACUGACCCUGCACCAACACAGGAAGUCCAAUGCGCUGCCUUAUCCUCAAUUGCCCCGGCCAAACCUCCCUCCAUAUCCUCAAUGACAACCUCAACAUCCUCCAUCACCUCAAAAACCAGUUCAAAACGCCGCACCAACCUUCAAGACUUGUUCUCAGAAACCAACUCCCCACAAAAACACCGCAACCCAAAGCGCACAAAGACAAACCCAAUGCCAAAGACAUCAGUGCACGGGUCGCAAUCCCAGGGGAGGUUAGAUUUCAAGUCUGUCAAGCAGCCCAACCGACGGAAGACCGUCGGAGACUUAGAGACGGAGAAAGAGAACCAUGGGCCAGAGCUUCAACGUGAGGUGGCAGCUCGGGAGACACAAACUGGGGAGGGGGACGAAACGGAGAUUGACGAUGGCGAUGGCGAUGGCGAUGUAGAUGAGUUCGGCGUGAUGUCCUUGCCCCCAUCCUCACCGUGCGCUUCGACAAGUUAUGGUGGGAGUGGAAUUUUUGGCGGCAGCAUUGUUAGUUUACCCAAGGGGCUGGGUAUCCGUGCGGGUGUUGGGGCCAUGGGAGUCGGAGUGACAGAGAGUGGGAGGUUAGAGGGGGAUUUGGGUUCCGAGUAUGAUGAUACCAUGGAUUUUUAAUUGUUUAUUCUUUCGGUCCCGGGGUAAUAAUAAUGGGUGUUUCGGAGUUGGGUUGUGUAAAGGGGAGUGGGUAUUGCUUGUUUAUUAUCUGCUAUUGCAUUUGCUCGUAAAUUGGGCGGUAUUCGAGAGCGACUGAACUAUGAGAAAUUUGUUGUGCGGCCAGUUUUCGCUAGACAAGGAACAAAAGGAAGAACUACUUGAGUAAGUUAUAUCAUAUCUUGCUAGGAACACUAGCCUA